AUGGCAAGUGGCGUUAAAGAAUGUCCAAGUUACGGAACUACUAUCCAUUCGACAAAAUCGGCAAUGGACAAAGUCCUGGAUACAGCAGAAAUUCUGGAGAUGAUUCUGGCUCGGGUGGAUAUGCGCACGCUUCUCACUUCUGUUCAACGAGUCUGUCACAACUGGGUGAACCUGAUUAGCAAGUCCCCGUCAAUCCAAAAGGCCCUUUUUUUCACUCCAAUCAAGGAUUCCGAAUGGGGGGUGAAAGAAACGAUACUCAACCCGCUCUUAGCGGAGACUUUUCCUUCUAUCUUUCCUGCUAAGAACCGACUGGAUUACUACAAGUUCGACUUUUCCGACCUGAUCAUGACCAAAAACGGCUCAACUAUGGCUCACUUUGUACGAGAGAACGCAAGCUGGCGCAAGAUGCUAGUCCAACAACCUCCCAUCUCGGAUAUUGGACUUCUCUAUGUUUCUCAGGGAAUGAUGGGUGAUUGUGCCGGAAGCUCUAGUAUCUCGCUGGAUAAAAAAAAGCAAGAAUCCGGAUAUGAUGGUAUUCGGAUGGAAAGGCUCUUCGAGCUGUUGCUUACGCUUCAUUUCUCAGAGUUUACCAAAGUACGGGUGUAUUGGUCUACUGAAGUGCCGGUAAUAUUUCAAGGGAGCUUUCAGAAGAAUAUCUGUAAUGAGUUCGAUCGGAUCAUAAGCAAGUUUGGCUUGGUUGUUUAUACAGGCUCGGUGGUUCAGUGUUCUUGGAACGACAGCCCCCCAACUACUGCGGAACUGACCCAGAAGGAGAUUAUCACGGCAUAUGGAGAACAUGGUUUGGAUUUUGACGAAAGAAGAAAGUACAUCCUAGAAUCGAAGAGUGAGGCCACUGCAUUUCAAGAAGAGCGAGCAGAAUAUUUGUCUUAUAGUCCUUCGGCACGUUUAUCGUGGGACGGAGAAGUUGAUUUCAAUAUAACAAGUCCGACAAGUCCGGGUGGAUUUUCUUUGGAAUCGGAGGACCGGGCCCAAGUUUAA